CUCUGCUGCCGGAGCCCGGCUCUGCUUCUGUCCGUGCCUCGGUGCUCCUUCCCCCGCCUCCUGCGCAGCCUCCGCCGCAGCCCUGCACCGCGGCUCCGCACCGCCCGGGGACACACCGAACCUCCGCCGAACCUCCAGGUGUACAUCAGACUCCUCUUGAUCUGUUCGUGCUUCCGUCGUAGUCCACUGGGUCCAGACGAUGGCGCUGUUUCUGGUUCUGCUGGUCCUGAGGUCCGUCGCUCUGAACGAUGCCCACGGUGGAGACGUGUGCGUUCUGGGUCACGACAGCGGUCCGGUGUUCGAAGAGCAGCCGAGCAGCUUGAUUUACCCAGAAGGCCUCACUGAGGGCAAAGUGACCCUGAGCUGCCAGGCCCGAGCCAGUCCGGCCGCUUCGUACAGGUGGCUGGUCAACGGUUCGGAGGUUCCGUUGGGUUUGGAUCUUCGCUACACGCUGGUGGCCGGUAACCUGGUGAUCAACGGCCCAGAACCGAACCGGGACUCGGGCUCGUACCAGUGUCUGGCCAUUAACCGCUGCGGCACCAUCAUCAGCCGAGCCGCCAACCUCAAGUUCGGAUAUCUGCAUGACUUCCCUCCAGACAGCAGGAGUCCGCAGACGGCGUACGAGGGCGUGGGAGCGUUCAUCGCCUGUCAGCCACCGCCACAUUACCCAGCCCUGUCCUACCGCUGGUUCCUCAAUGACUUCCCUAACUUCAUCCAGAAGGACGACGGUCGCUGGUUCGUGUCUCAGGUGUCGGGGAACCUUUACGUGGCCAAAGCUGAACCCAACGACACCGGCAGCUACUUCUGCUUCACCACCAUCAACAUGGACAUCAGCACCAAGAGCACCUUCAGCAAAGCCAACCAGCUGACGGUGCAGCCCGACGCCAAUCCCAGGAAGUCGGCGCCGAGCAUCAAAGUGCGUUUCCCGGCCGAUACGUACGCUUUAGCCGGACACACGGCCCAGUUGGAAUGCUUCGCCUACGGAAAUCCCGUCCCGAGGCUGCGAUGGCGGAAGGUGGACGGGUUGAUGCCCUCGAAGGCGGGUUCCAGCGCAGAGGGUCCCACGCUGGUGCUCCCAGAUCUGUCCUUCGACGACGAGGGGGUCUACGAGUGUGAGGCGUACAACUCAGAGGGCAGCGACACCUACCAGGGACGCAUCAACGUCCAAGCUCAGCCUGAGUGGCUGCAGGUGAUGAGCGACUCCGAGGUGGAGAUCAGCUCUGAGCUGCAGUGGAGUUGUAUCGCCGCCGGAAAACCUCGACCGUCCGUCCGCUGGCUACGCAACGGACAACCACUGAGCACACAGGAUCGACUGGAGGUGAACGGACCCCGGCUGAAAAUCAGUAACCUGGCCCUGGAGGAUUCUGGGAUGUACCAGUGUGUGGCUGAAAACAAACACGGCACCAUCUACUCCACCGCGGAGCUCCGGGUCCAGGUCCAGGUUCCAGACUUCAGGCUGAACCCGGUGAAGAAGCUGAUCCCGGCGGCCAGGGGGGGGCAGGUGAUGAUCGAGUGUCGACCCCGAGCCGCCCCCAAGCCCCUCCUGUUCUGGAGCCGAGGGACGGAGCUGCUCACCAACAGCAGCAGGGUCACGGUGACUCCAGACGGCGUUUUAUGGAUCUACAACAUCAGCAGAGCGGACGAAGGCAAAUACACCUGCUUCGCCGAGAACUACCUGGGGAAGGCCAACAGCACCGGACACCUGUCAGUCAGAGACGCCACUAAAAUCACUCUGGCUCCGUCCAAUGCCGACAUCAACCAGGGUGAGAACGUGACGCUGCAGUGCCACGCCUCCCACGACCCCACCAUGGACCUGACCUUCACCUGGGCCCUCAACGGUGUCCUGCUGGACCUGGAGGACCCGGCCGGACCGUACCACCGCGUGGAGGGGAAGGAAACCAUCGGUGACCUUCUGAUCGUCAACGCUCAGCUGAGUCAGGCGGGGACGUACGCCUGCACGGCCCAGACGGUGGUCGACAGCGCCUCGGCGUCGGCCAAACUGGUGGUCCGAGGACCCCCGGGACCCCCUGGAGGUCUCCUGGUGCGGAACGUGGCCGAGACGUCGGUGGAGCUUCGCUGGAGUCGAGGCUACGACAACCACAGCCCCAUCGGCAGAUACGUGAUCAUGGGCCGCUCAGCGCUGUCGUCUGAUUGGAGGAAGAUGAGGACGGAGCCGGCGAACAUCGAGGGAAACGCCGAGAUGGCCCGGGUCACGGGACUCAUGCCCUGGAUGGACUACGAGUUCCAGGUGAUAGCCAGUAACAUCCUGGGCAGCGGAGAGCCCAGCAUGCCAUCGCACACGGUCCGAACGCAGCAGGCAGCUCCGACCGUGGCGCCCAGUGGACUGGGAGGAGGAGGUGGAGACCGCAACGAGCUCAUCAUCACCUGGACGCCCAUGGCCAGAGAAUACCAAAAUGGCGACGGUUUCGGCUACAUCCUGGCCUUUAAGCGCCAGGACACGGCGUCGUGGGCGGUGGCUCGGGUUCCCCAGGUGGAGUCGUCUCGGUACGUCUACUACAACGACAGCCUGACCCCCUACAGCCCCUUCGAGGUCAAGAUCAAGGCCUACAACCGCAAAGGAGAAGGUCCGUUCAGCCAGGUCGCAGUGGUCCACUCUGCGGAGGAAGAGCCGACGGUCGGACCUCAGAGCAUCAACGCCACGGCGCUAACGGCCUUCGAGAUCCUGGUCCAGUGGGAUCCGGUCCAGACGCUCAACGCCAACGGGAUCCUGCGAGGAUACGAGAUCCGAUACUGGCGGCAGCAUGAGCGGGAGGCGGCGGCCGACCGGGUUCGGACGGCGGGUCUGGAAUCCAGCGCCCGGGUGUCGGGGCUCAGACCCAGUACCCGCUACCACGUGGCCGUCCUGGCGUACAACAGCGCCGGCACCGGACCCCCGUCGCCACGGACAACCGUCACCACCAGGAAACCACCUCCAAACCGUCCUCCAGGGAAUGUGACGUGGAAAGCUGAUGGAUCGUGGGUAAUGGUCAGAUGGGACCACGUUAAGGCUCUUCACAACGAGUCGGCCAUUCUGGGAUACAAGGUUCUGUACAAACACGAGGGCCAGACGGCGCUGAAGGUUCUGGACAAGUCCAAGUCGUCUGUGAACCUGCCCCUGCCCAAAGACAACGGCUACGUGGUUCUGGAGAUCCGGUCCUGGGGCGAAGGCGGCGACGGGCCGGCGCACGAGAUCAUCGUGUCCCGAGACUCAGGUACGGGUAUGAUGGUGCAGAACGCUGCCGGGGCCACGCCCAUGCCCUCCAGGCUCCGCCUCCACACCGCCGCCGUCCUCUCCGUCCUCCUCCCCCUCCUGUCGUGGUCGUGCCUGUGAUCGCAGCCGACCUCUGGACUUGAAAUGAAAGGCUUGAAGCGGUCCCGUUUGG